AUGGCAGACGACACAGAGGUGACCCAGCCGCCUUCGCAUGCGCGCUCUACCCCGCCAAACGGCCAGCCGACAGGGCCUUACCACCAGUCCCAGCACAACCCUCAUCACCACCAACAACACUACCACCACCCGCAUACUCAGAAUAACGCCCCUUCUCCUUCUCCUCCUCCUUCCGCCGAGGCCACCUUCCUCAGACCAUCAGACCUUUUACGGCCUAAGGCUGUUCCUCGUAACAUACCUCCUCCUCCUGCCCCUCCGAAGACAGAGCGUCCCAUAGACCGAGAUGAAAGAGCCGGCAUCCAGGCAAUACGAGACUUUCUUCGAGCGCGCAAAUGCUACGAUGUGCUACCUUUGAGUUUUCGUCUGAUUGAACUAGAUGUCGGCCUUACGGUCAAGGAGAGCUUACAGAUCAUGGUCCAGUGUGGCAUUGUCUCCGCACCGCUCUGGGACUCGAAUACUUCCACAUACGCUGGCCUCUUGACCGUCAACGACUACCUCAACGUUGUCAGGUACUACAAUGUCCACGCCGAUAAGCUGAAAGAUGUCGAUAAAUUGCUCCUCAGCGAUCUAAAAGAUGUCGAGAAAGUCCUCAACGUCAAACCUCCCGAGACGGUCUCUGCCUCGCCCGAAGCUAUCCUCUAUGAUGCUCUCCGCAAACAGCUUGUCUCGCGUGCUCGUCGAAUACCGUUAGUCAGCUAUGACAGCGACACCCAACGCACCAUGGUCACUUCGGUCAUCACCCAAUACCGUAUCCUCAAAUUCAUCUCGAUGAACGUCAAAGAGACGGAUAUGUUGAGAAAGCCCCUUGAGAUGAUCAAACUGGGCACCUAUACCGGCAUUGUGAGGUGUAGUAUGGACACCACGGUCCUGGAUGUGGUCGAUGAGAUGGUCACCAAGAACAUCAGUAGUGUGCCGGUUGUUACGACGGAGGGUAUGCUCCUGAACGUCUUCGAGGCUGUUGACGUGAUUGAGAUCCUCAAAUCCGGCGACUACGGCAACUUGACCUGGACCGUGGGCAAAGCUCUCAGCUGUCGCUCGCCUAAUCAUCCCGGUAUCUACUGCUGCUCACUCGAAGACGGGUUAGACACCAUUUUUGAAACGAUCAAGAAGUCCCGGGUUCAUCGGUUGAUGGUGGUAGACGAGCAGAAUUACCUCAAAGGAGUGUUGAGUCUGAGUGACAUUUUGCACUAUCUGCUGGUAGACGGCGAGGAGAAAGACGGCGCUGGGCACGGACAUGUCAACGCCGAGAAGAUCUACGGCGCAUGA